CGAAAGUUGAUCAACUCCCCUUUGACAGUUACGUCGCUCCCUCUCAACCUGCUCUUCACCCUUCGACUCCAUCGCUGGAAUCAUCGCGAUAUCAGUCAGGUGGUCGUCUGGCCAUCGAGGGGUGAUUUCGCAUUCUCUUCCUACGACUUGGACGCGAUUUCGACCAGGUGAAGGCGGUCGCAGGCGUCCGUCGCCUGAUUUUUCCAACCACCGCUUGUCCCCUAUCGCCCUCGGUUUUCUCAUCGACGAAACGCGAUAGUAAUCAUCGAACACGCGACGAUCUUGGCAGAUCUCAGUCGGAGAAAGUUCUGAGAGUAUUCGAUACUGAGGGCAGCCUUGGCUGGUUGUUCCCUCUCUUCCCGAAGAGGAUUCUAGAUUUGUUACUCGAUACCUGGUUCACGGAGCUGCAAAGAUGGCGAACCUUCACUUCCAGUACUCCAGCGCGCCUUUGCGCACCAUCCAGGAGAUUCAGUUUGGACUCCUGUCCCCGGAGGAAAUUAAAAGUAUGAGUGUUGCUCAUAUCGAGUAUCCGGAGACAAUGGAUGAGCAAAAGCAGAAGCCUCGAGAAAAGGGAUUGAACGAUCCGCAUCUCGGCACAAUCGAACGAGCAUAUAAGUGCGCCACAUGCGACGAAAAUAUGACUGAUUGUCCCGGGCACUUCGGCCAUAUUGAACUUGCAACACCUGUCUUCCAUAUCGGAUUUAUGACGAAGAUCAAGAAACUGUUGGAGGUGGUGUGCCACAAUUGCGGCAAGUUGCUAGUAGAUGAAAGCAAUCCGGCAUUCGCGGAAGCUCUUCGCUACCGAGACCCUAAGCGGCGAUUCGAUGCUAUUUGGAGGGUUUGCAAGCCAAAGUUGGUCUGCGAGACUGACGUUCCGAUGGAAGACGAAGAUUUUGGCGGAAACGGCUUAAAGGAUCCCAAGAAGCACAGCCAUGGUGGAUGCGGCAAUAUCCAGCCUGAGAUCCGAAAGGAGGGCUUGAAGAUUAUGGGUACCUGGAAAGCGGUCAAGGGGGAUGAAGAGAAUGAGGGACAGCAGCCCGAGAAGCGAGAGAUCAAACCACAAACGGUUCUUAACAUUUUCCGCAGUAUUUCCACUGAGGAUAUUCGCAAACUUGGACUGAGUAAUGAUUACGCUCGGCCCGAGUGGAUGGUCAUUACAGUUCUUCCUGUUCCUCCUCCGCCCGUUCGACCUAGCAUUUCGGUUGAUGGUACCGGCCAGGGUAUGCGUGGCGAGGACGAUCUCACCUAUAAGCUUGGUGACAUUAUCCGUGCCAAUGGUAACGUUCGCCGGUGCGAGCAAGAGGGUUCUCCAGCACACGUCGUCAGUGAGUUUGAGACUCUACUGCAGUUCCAUGUUGCCACAUAUAUGGACAACGAUAUUGCCGGCCAACCCCAAGCUCUUCAAAAGUCUGGGAGACCAGUCAAGGCGAUCCGCGGACGACUAAAGGGCAAGGAGGGUCGUCUACGUGGAAACUUGAUGGGCAAACGUGUAGAUUUCUCUGCACGCACUGUCAUCACAGGAGACCCAAAUCUUUCCUUGGAUGAGGUUGGCGUCCCACGAAGCAUCGCUAGGACACUCACAUAUCCCGAAACUGUUACGCCAUACAAUAUCCACAGGCUUCAUCAAUUGGUCAAGAAUGGGCCGAACGAUCAUCCAGGAGCAAAGUACGUGAUCCGCGAUACGGGCGAAAGAAUUGAUUUGCGGCACCACAAGCGAGCUGGGGAGAUUUCUCUUCAGUAUGGCUGGAAAGUGGAGAGGCACGUGAUUGACGGCGACUAUAUCAUCUUUAACCGGCAGCCAUCGCUGCACAAAGAGUCGAUGAUGGGUCAUCGGGUCCGCGUUAUGCCGUAUUCAACUUUCCGACUCAACUUGUCCGUCACCUCGCCAUACAACGCGGAUUUCGAUGGUGACGAGAUGAACUUGCACGUUCCUCAAAGCGAGGAAACACGCGCGGAGAUUAGCCAACUUUGCAUGGUACCGCUUAAUAUCGUCUCGCCGCAGCGUAAUGGACCCCUGAUGGGUAUCGUCCAGGAUACUUUGUGUGGUAUUUACAAGCUUAUGCGUCGGGACACAUUCCUCACAAAGGAUCAAGUGAUGAACAUUCUUUUGUGGGUGCCAGAUUGGGACGGAGUCAUUCCCCACCCUGCCAUUAUGAAGCCACAGCCGCGGUGGACAGGCAAACAGAUGAUCAGCAUGGUCCUCCCGAAAGCGGUCAGUCUCAUCCGGUCCAGCGAUGAGGGCUUUUCACCGAUCCAUGACAAUGGAAUUUUCAUUCAUGCAGGAGAAAUUAUGUACGGCCUCUUCAGUAAGAAGUCUAUUGGAGCGACUCGGAAUGGCAUCAUCCAUAUUAUUUUCAAUGAGCUUGGUCCGCAGAUCGCCAUGAAUUUCUUCAAUGGAGUCCAAACUGUCGUCAACUAUUGGUUCCUUCACCAUGGAUUCAGUAUUGGAAUUGGUGAUACAAUUCCUGAUCAGCGGACCAUUGAACAAAUUGAGGAUUGUGUUACGAAGCAAAAAGAGAUUGUUGCUGAAAUUACCAGAAGCGCUACAGAGAACGAACUCGAGCCUCUUCCUGGUAUGAACGUUCGUGAGACUUUCGAAAACAAAGUGUCCAAGGCGCUAAACACUGCACGUGAUGAGGCCGGUGACAAGACAGAAAAGAGUCUGAAGGAUCUGAACAAUGCAAUUCAAAUGGCCCGUUCAGGUUCCAAGGGUACAACUAUCAAUAUUUCUCAGAUGACUGCAGUUGUCGGACAGCAGUCAGUGGAAGGAAAACGGAUUCCCUUUGGAUUUAAAUACCGAACAUUGCCGCAUUUUACAAAGGAUGACUAUUCCCCGGAAUCAAGGGGUUUCGUGGAGAACUCCUAUCUCCGUGGCUUGACGCCAACUGAAUUCUUCUUCCACGCCAUGGCUGGUCGUGAAGGUCUGAUUGAUACUGCGGUGAAGACAGCUGAGACUGGCUAUAUUCAGCGGAGACUUGUGAAAGCGCUCGAGGAUGUUAUGGUCAAGUACGACGGUACUGUCAGAAACUCUCUCGGUGACAUUGUGCAGUUUGUCUAUGGCGAAGACGGUCUUGACGGUGCACAUAUUGAGCAUCAAAGAGUUGACAUGAUCACAACGUCGCGGCCCCAGUUUGAACACAGAUAUCGGCUUGAUGUCAUGAAUCCGGAGAAGAUGAAAAAUCUCGAACCUAUUGAGCUACUUCCUGAACUUGCCGGAGACACGGUAGUGCAAGAGUAUCUCGAUGCGGAAUUCGAACAACUCGAGAAGGACCGCGAGUGGGUUCGGUCAGCGAGACCAGACGGGGUGGAAGACAUUCCUUUGCCUUCGAACAUUCUUCGCAUUCUUGAAUCAGCAAAGACCAUUUUCCGGAUCAAGGACGGCCAUCGAAGCGACCUGCAUCCAAUAGAAGUCAUUACUCGAGUAAGGGAGCUACUUGACAAGCUCGUGAUUGUACGAGGAGACGAUCCUCUCUCCAAAGAGGCCCAGGAGGACGCGACGAAGCUCUUCAAAGCGCAGCUUCGGUCCAGACUUGCCUACAAGCGUUUGGCUGUUGAAUAUACACUCAACAAACUCGCUUUCCAGCAUGUCGUUGGUGAAAUUGAGAAUCGUUUUCUGCGAUCUGCUGUGGCUCCAGGUGAAAUGGUCGGUGUGUUGGCUGCUCAGUCAAUUGGUGAGCCUGCAACGCAGAUGACUCUGAAUACUUUCCACUUUGCUGGUGUAUCCUCAAAGAACGUCACUCUUGGUGUCCCUCGUCUCAAGGAAAUUCUCAAUGUUGCAACGAAUAUCAAAACACCCUCGAUGGCGGUUUACCAGGAAGGUUCGAAUAGACUGAAUCAGGAAACCGCCAAACAACUUCGUAGUGCCGUUGAGCAUACUACGCUUCGAUCUGUUACGGAUACUACAGAGAUCUAUUAUGAUCCUGACAUUCAAUCUACCGUUAUUGACGCAGAUGUUGAUAUGGUAGAGUCAUAUUUCAUUAUCCCUGAAGACAAUGCCGAUGAUCCCAGUCGACAGUCAAAGUGGCUCCUUCGUAUCGUCUUGGGCCGUAGGAAGCUGCUUGACAAGGGUUUGACUGUCCAGGACGUUGCGGCGAAGAUCAAAGAGAACUACGCCAAGGAUUUGGCGGUCAUUUUCAGCGACAAUAAUGCCGACGAACAAGUCAUUCGCAUCAGAAUGAUUCAGGAUCACAGCAAGGAUGAUGAGGAUGAAGAUUUGGAAGAAGAUUUGAUGCUCAAGCGUCUGGAGAAUCAUGUGCUUGAUACACUGACUCUCCGUGGUGUUCCUGGCAUCGAAAGAGCCUUUUUGAAUCAGAAACCAAGAAUGCGCAUUAACGAGGAGGAUGCCAUGAUAAUGCGGACCUCGGAUCCAGAGUGCAUGGAAUGGUGCCUUGACACAAGCGGCACUGCUCUUGGAGCCGUUUUGGCCAUUCCUGGCGUCGAUGCCACCAGAACCUAUUCCAACUCAUUUGUUGAGGUGCUCCAGGUUCUUGGCAUCGAAGCCACUCGGGCUGCUUUGCUUCAAGAACUGACGCAAGUGUUGGCCUUUGAUGGUUCAUAUGUCAACCAUCGUCAUCUUGCCCUCUUGGUCGAUGUCAUGACGUCUCGUGGGCACCUAAUGGCUAUUACCCGCCACGGUAUCAAUCGUGCUGAUACAGGUGCUCUCAUGAGAUGCUCAUUCGAAGAGACUGUCGAGAUCUUGCUCGAAGCUGCUGCCUGUGGAGAACUAGAUGAUUGCCGCGGCAUUUCGGAGAAUGUCAUGCUUGGACAACUUGCUCCUAUGGGUACUGGCGAGCUUGAUGUGUACCUUGAUCAGAAAAUGCUGGACACAGUCAUCUCGGACAAUGCUAGGUUGGGCAUCAUACCCAACAUUGGCGUUAAGAGUGGUAUCAUUGCCGAUGGUGCGGCAACCCCAUAUGACAGCGGUUCACCGUUACAGGAGGGUGGUUAUCUCGGUUCUCCUGAUUACGGCGCUUCCUUCUCGCCAAUCGUCAAUUCUGGAGCUGAGAGCCCUGGUGGAGGUGGUUUGACCGAUUACGGCGGGCCUCAAGGGUUGAUCGGCGGCUUGAGCCCGUAUACUGCGAGAAGCCCUGGUGGCGGGUAUUCGCCAAGCAGCCCCUUCAAUACCAGCCCAACCUCCCCGGGAUUCUCUCCCACCUCUCCUGCCUAUUCACCUACUUCUCCUGGCAUGAGCAUCACCAGCCCACGCUUUGCAUCAUCGCCAGGAUUUUCGCCUGCCAGCCCAGCAUUUACACCGACUUCUCCUACCUAUUCCCCGACAUCACCAGCGUACGGGCAAGCUGGAAUUUCUCCUACUUCACCAUCCUACUCUCCAACGUCGCCAAGUUACUCGCCGACGUCGCCCAAUUACAGUCCUACGUCGCCGAACUAUAGUCCUACUUCACCAAGCUAUAGCCCAACGUCGCCAGUUUACAGCCCGACCAGUCCACAGUUUGGCGGUGCAAAGCAGCAUUCGCCGACAUCUCCCACUUCGCCAACAAGUUACAGCCCUACCUCGCCAAUGUACAGCCCAACUAGCCCGAUGGGAAGCUACUCGCCCUCUUCCCCCAACUUUGGUGGAUCUCCGACGUCUCCGGGGCCGGCGCCUUAUUCAGCGUCGUCACCGAAGUGGUCGCCGACAUCGCCAACUUAUUCUCCUACGUCUCCAAGAGGGUAAAUUCCGAGUGGCGGUUGGCUUGUCGAGAGAUGAAGUUUCUCUAGCGCAAACUCUCCGAGACUGUGAUGUCCUUUAUGCAAUGCAUUUGCUAAGGUCGAAAUCUGCCAAUGCUCACAGUCCCUGGAGAGCUUUUUAUCUUGUAAUUCUAUCGAUUCAAUUUUCCGUACAACAUUACAGCAUUUUGACGGGCAGGGAUAGUUGGUUAUUAUUGCUUUCCCUUCCUUCCUCAAACUUUCCUCUUCUUCAGGCGUUGAUAUCCCAUUGCAUUUGGUAUUUCUUUUCUCCCCCAAAAUCUUGAUCUAUGAAAGCUCGUCAAAAAUUGUGGUCAUACAAGGGCUGCUUUUUAUCUACCCACGUGGAUCUUAAACCAAGGCUCUUUGAAGCAGAAGCGCGGCGUUCUCGGUUUUCAAGGCAGUUUGUGCUGCACUCAAUAUGCUUGAAAUGUCAAUAGAAACACAACUAAACAUGGAAUAAAAAUGUUUUCUGGGAAGG